AUGGUGUUGAAACCCAGCAGCGUACCUUCGUAUUUUCCUCAAGAGAUCAUUGGCGGUCAAGCGAGUCAGGCAAACAGCAUCAAUCUUGAAGGCAGAAUCGACGCGAAGGGAAUACUAAUUGUUGAUUCUCAGCAGACCAUUACCGCCAAUGAUCUCUUGAAGAAGAUACGAAAGUACGCUGUUGGAUUUCAACACCAUGGCUUGAAGCCUGGCUCGAGGGUAUGCACCCAUGUCCGUAACACCAUCGAAAAUAUAGCCGCAGGACUGGCGGUUGUAUUCGUAGGAGGGACACUUGUUAUGGCGAAGACAUCCUACGUUGCAAGAGAAGUAAUAUACACAAUUCAAGACAGUGAAUGUGAUUACAUUCUUACAGACAAGGAUACAGCUCCUAGUAUACUCAAAAUUACCAUGCCGUUAACCAUUAAGAUUGUCUCGUCUGAAGGGAUAUGUACAACAUUGAUUCCUAAUCGCAGAGGCUGCACUCAAGAAUCCAAGCGGCAACCGAGUGGUCUCUUUUGGUCUUUGCAGACGCUGUUUUCUGUUGGAAGCGCACCCGGUUUCAUUGAUGUGCUCGAGUUCCAAGACUACUCGGAGGCUAGUCUGAAGCCACAAGUGCCUGCUGACACAGCGGAGGAGGUCGUCGUGAUGCUGUACACGUCCGGAACCACGGGCCUCCCAAAAGCCGUGGAAAUCUCCCACAAAGCUUACGUCUCCUGCUACCGUGCUUGAAUGGCUUCAGGGGUCUUAGCUGCAGAUGACGUCAUGCUUGCUUGGAAUCCUUUCACUCAUGUCUCCGGGUUUGUGAUCGACACCAUAUGGGUGUGCCUGGGAGUAAGGCUGAUUGUUACGGAGCAUUCCAUAUCGUGCAAAGAUUUCUUGGAGAACCUCUCUACACAUCAAAUAUCCGUGAUUUUUGCCACUUCUGAGCUGCUACGGGGGAUUGUCAACGAAGCGAGAACGAACAACCAUCCAGCAGUGGGUCUGAAGAAGAUCAUGGUCGGAGGGACGGCGCUCGCCGAAUCUCUAGGAACAGAGAUAUGCGAGUUCUUUGGCGUUAACUCGUUCGUAAACUUCUACGGCUUGACUGAAACAUUUGCUCUUGUAAGCUGCACUCCUGCCGGAAAAAUCCGCUUGGACAACGUCGGCGUUCCUUGUGCUGGCUCCAAAGUCAAAAUCCUCGACCUCUUCAGCGGAGAUUCUCUUGGCCCCUACCAAAAAGGCGAGCUCGUGGUUCACAGCAAAACCCUUAUGAAGGGCUACUACGGUCGCCCGGAAGCUACUCUAGAAGUUCUGAGCAGUGACGGAUGGCUUCGCACGGGGGAUCUUGGGUACUAUGACAGUAAUGGACAGAUCUACAUCGUGGAUCGGAUCAAGCAGAUGAUAAAAUGUAUGGGGAACAUUGUAACUCCUGCCGAGUUGGAAGAAAUCUUGACCUCGCACGAGGCGGUUCUGGAAGCCGCUGUGGUCGGCAUACCCAGUUCGAAGUACGGAGAGGCUCCGGUCGCUUGUGUUGUUGUCAAGAAAACCCAGGAAAGAAGCCUAGACAGUCUGGAACAAGAACUGAAAGUGCUUGUAGCAGGUCAAACAUCGACCCACAAGCAUCUCUACGGCGGCGUCGUCUUUAUGAAUUCUUUACCAAAAUCAGAGAGCGGAAAAAUUCUGAGGCAGCAGCUGAAGUCAAGAUUAUUAUCCAGAAAUAUCUAG